UGCCACCUCCCCGCCGAGGUGCACUGCACCUUCCGCUACCUCACCGCCGUCCCGCCGCGCAUCCCCCGCCACGCCGAGCGCAUCAACCUGGGCUACAACAGCUUGCUCAAACUGACGGAAACAGAUUUUUCUGGCCUGGAGAAACUGGAGCUACUGAUGCUGCACAGCAAUGAGAUAAAUACAAUCCCCGAGAAGGCAUUCAGGGAUUUAUGUUCAUUACAGGUUUUAAAAAUGAGUUACAACAAGGUCAGAGAACUUCAGCGGGAUGUUUUUUAUGGUCUAAAGAGCUUGGUACGGUUGCACAUGGACCACAAUAAAAUCGAAUUUGUAAAUCCCGACGUUUUCUACGGACUCACGUCACUGAGGCUGGUCCACUUGGAAGGAAAUUUACUUAAGCAGCUUCAUCCAGAUACUUUUGUCACCCUGCGCUAUAGCCAGAUAUUUAAAAUCUCCUUCCUGAAGCACAUCUAUCUGUCUGACAACAUGCUGACCUCACUGCCACAAGAAAUGUUUUCCUACGUGCCUGAGCUAGAGAGCAUUUACCUUCACGGAAACCCGUGGUCCUGUGACUGCAGGCUGCAGCGGUUUGCAGAAUGGGCAGAAGCGAGGCCAGAUGUCAUGAAGUGCAAGAAAGACAGAAGUUCUGGUGCUCAGCAAUGCCCAGUUUGUGCCAGUCCCAAAAGUCGUAAAGGGAAAAGCUUAGUGGAUAUUCCGUCUUCAUCUUUAACCUGCGUGAAGCCAGCCAUACACGACUCCCUGAAAUUUAGAAACCUCACGGUGCCGGAUGAUGGGGAUUCCAGCUCCGUGUCUCCCAAGGACUUCGUGGCUCCCAUAGGAUCCGUGGUUUUGAACAUGACUGACCAAGCGGGGAGUCGCGGUCACUUGGUUUGCAACGUCCAAAAACCUCAAGAAACGUCUCCCAUCUCGUUGGACAAAGACGGCAACAGCACGGUACUCAAAACGUCAUUCUCAGCAUUUCUUGUGUGCGGUGUUGAUUACGAACAUAUUCAGCAGCUCUGGAGCAUACUGGCACUGUACAGUAACUCUCCCCUAAAGCUGGAAAGGAAUGCCCUAGCAACGAACGCACCUUUUAUUAGUUACAAAUAUAAACAAAUCUACUCUGAAAAAGACGAACUUUUCACCAACGUAGAGACUGAACUGAGAGCUGAGCCAGCUUGGCUAAUGCAAAGCAAAGUGGCUUUGCAGCUAGACAGGACGACAACCACGCUCAACACGUUGCACAUCCAGUACUUUACGGAUGCCCAGAUUACAUUGCCCAGUGCCGACAGCAGCUGGGUGAGAAAUAACUGGACCAUCGUCUCCAGGGACAACAAAACACGAACGGAGCACACGGUUUUAGUUGGGGGGACCGUAGAACUAGAGUGCCGAGCGACCGGAGAACCAGCUCCUGCAAUAGAGUGGAUACUGGCCGACGGGAGCAAAGUCAGAGCUCCGUAUAUCAGCGAGGACGGGAGAAUCAUCGUGGUUAACACUGGGACGUUCACGUUACGGACAGCUGACGCUUUUGACACCGGGCUGUAUCACUGCAUAGGCACAAAUCACAACGACGCGGACAGCCUCACGUUUAGAAUUACCGUGGUCGAUCCCGACGUGGAGCACAACAGUGUAAAUGGAGCCCGACUUUCUACGGCUGUUGGCAGCACGCUCGACCUGCCCUGUACAUCCACGGCUGUUCCAGACGCUGCCGUCAGCUGGGUGCUCCCUGAGCGUGUGGUUCUCCAUCACUCCGUAAGAAACAAACACAUUUUUGACAACGGUACCUUGAGAAUACAAGGGGUGACGGAGCGAGACAGCGGCUACUACAGAUGCGUCGCAGCCAACCAGUACGGUGUCGAUCUUUUGGUUCUCCAGGUGCUUGUUGGACAGGAUGAAACGUCCCCGAAGGAAAAACAGGCAGCUGUGGGAGAGUGGGAAGAGGGCGACAGCUCUGGUGAGGCAGCGCUGGCCUCUGCUACGACACAGAAACAUCCUUCAGCUACUCUGGCUGCCUCAGCUGGUCAGGGAUCCGCUGCCUCAGCACCCAGAAAUCAGGUGGCACCGAGUGCACGUGAGAGGAGCAGCUACGGGAAGGUGACCUACAGGCACUACAGGGAUAAAGCAAGCAGGCGGCUCAGAGGACACAGAAGACAGUUUGUCUCCUCAGCCAGGAGAGUCGAUCCCCAGCGCUGGGCAGCCUUUUUAGAAAGAGCCAAGAGGAACUCCACGUCGAUAGAAAAACGAGGAGAAGUUGCCACAAACCCACCUGUUCAAGUCCGUAAGCUCUCAGAAGCACCUGGGGAUGAGGAGGAAACGUCUGGUGAUCUCAGAUCCCCAGAGGAUGAAUUCAUGAUACCAGUAGCAGAGACAACCACUGUACCUGCUCAGGGGAGAGCCACAGCGAGUCGGGGAGCUGCAGGGCCCGAGGCAGUAACGCCGCUGCCUUCUCCUUUUCCCCAGCCUGUGUCAUCUGACAGCAGAAGACCACAAACAUACCAAAACCCUGCAAUUACAGCCUCGUGGGAAAGCUCUGAUUUAAGUCAAAUACCCCCAAAUGGUAUAAAACAACCAUCUGUAUCAAACGGAGCGAGCAGAACAUCCGCACUCUCCUCUGCAGGGCAAAGGCUGGCAUACUCUGGGGAAAGUAAUAACCAGCAUUUUAAAUCUGAAUCUACAACAGCCACGAUAGAUACCACAGACACUGCUGAGUCUGUAACCUCACAACACACAGGGGACAACCUACGUGUUUUUACUGAGCCUAUUGAUAAGUUUUCCACCAAAACAGACCACCAGAUACCUGUAGUGACAGCCAGUGAACAGAGUCCUGAAUUUUAUCACAAUUAUUUUCAUGGGAAUCAGAAACAAGAGCCUCCUACGCCACCGCUGACCUCAACUCCCAUUGCUCAUCAGCAAAGUCAGAUUAUUCAGGAUGUUACAACUCACCCACCCCAGGCCCAGCAGCAAUACGGAAGACGAAGGAAAAUUUCUGGGAGGAGACGAAUUGUUAGACCAGGACGUAUCCCAGGUAUGGGAGAGCACAGGUAUGGUUCUGGGAGGCCAGGCUCUGUCAGAGGAAAUACAGCUGUGGCUGCAGAUCUUCAGCUGAACAUGAAAUACGUAUCAAAUGUACCGACCUUCAAUAAUGGAAGUGGCUCUGUCGAGCCGUUUAGCCCAGAAGCACCCCUGUCCUCCCCCUCUACCAUGAAUAUGCCACUGGAGCACCAAGCAGAGACUCCUCAAGACACGGAGGUCCUCAGGGAAGAGGAAAAUGAACCCAGUGCGAG